AGGAGUUGGCGUUGCCAGCACCCUUAGUCUCAACUCCAGCGGAGAGCACAACAUUCUCUAUCAUUUUCCUGUCACCAAGAGUUCUCUCCAACGAGCAGAGAAGCCUCCAUUUCGUUCAGCCAAGUUCUCAAGUUCCAGUUCAUUCAACACGCCAUAUCCGAAAAGCAAGAUAAACCACUCAUUCACUUCUUGCCAGAAAACUCUAAGUUCAAUUAUUCCAGUUCGGCUAACUCAGCAACAAAUCACCAACCAACAUUUAUACUUCAAGGUCAAGCGCGAGUUUAAUAAUCAGUCAAGUAGCUACUGUACCACAGAAAGAUUCUAUCAGGUUGAGCAGUAGCCGAUGGUGAUGAAGUGACGAGCGGGAUCCUUUUUGUCUUAAUAUCAUAUGCAUUGAAAAACUCUUGGGUACAUGUCUUCAUACAUGUGCUGACCUUCAUUAUCUCAAAAUCAAGAAAAAAAGUGAAGAUGGCCGAAGUUAGCCCUUUUGAAGAACAACAAACGACGUCGGAGACCACAGAAAAUGGCCGCAGCAGCCAAAGAAUCUCCGAGAAGAAUGAGAGCAAAAGUGUGGAGAAAGUUCCAUACUACAAACUGUUUUGGUUUGCAGACGCUGCAGAUUACGCGCUGAUGGUGAUGGGUGUGAUAACAUCUGUGGGGAGUGGUUUGGCGUUGCCUCUCAUGACUUUCCUAUACGGAGAAUUAGCCAAUUCUUUCGGACACAACGUCGAAACUCAAGCCCUUGUCGACGAGGUAUCCAAGAGGUGUCUUGUUGGAUGAUCACAGGCGAAAGGCAGGCAGCUCGGAUUAGAAAUUUAUACCUCAAAGCUAUACUGAGGCAAGAUAUUGGAUACUUCGAUAAAGAGAUAAACACAGGAAAAAUUGUGGAGAGGAUGUCUAGUGAUACCCUUAUAAUUCAAGAUGCUAUGGGAGAGAAGAUUGGGAAGCUGAUCCAGCUCUUAUCAUCAUUUGUUGGAGGCUUCGUCAUAGCUUUCGCAAGAGGAUGGCUUCUCACUCUUGUGUUGCUCUCUGUAAUCCCCGUUCUCGUCGUCGCUGCUGCUUUCAUGACUAUUGUUAUGGCAAGAUUGACAUCACGUGGGCAGACGGCCUAUUCAGAGGCAGCUCUUCUGGUUGAGCAAACAAUAAGCUCAAUAAGAACUGUAGCAUCUUUCACUGGGGAGAGGCGAGCUGUGGACAGAUACGAAAAAUCUCUACACAAAGCUUACAAAGCCGGUGUGCAGGAGGGCUUGGUUGCUGGAUUAGGCUCUGGAGUUUCUAUGUCGGUCCUCUUCUGCAGCUACGCGUUAGCAGUCUGGUUCGGCUCCAAGAUGAUCAUCGACAAAGGCUAUACAGGAGGACAUGUUUUGAACAUCAUGAUGGCUGUUCUAUUGGGAUCAUUUUCUUUAGGGCAGAUAUCCCCAUGCUUGAGUGCAUUCUCAGCGGGUCAAGUUGCUGCUUUCAAAAUCUUCGAGACGAUACAUAGAAAACCAGACAUUGAUCCUUAUAGUCGAGAGGGGCGCGUUAUGGAGGACAUACACGGGGAAGUAGAGCUUAGGGAUGUGGAUUUCAGCUAUCCAUCAAGGCCAGAUGAGAGGAUAUUUAGUGGUUUCUCUCUGAGAAUAGAGAGUGGGACUAAGCUGGCUUUAGUUGGGGAGAGUGGGUCAGGGAAAUCAACCAUUCUAAGCCUUGUGGAGAGGUUUUAUGAUCCACAGGGAGGUGAAGUCUUGAUUGAUGGGGUCAAUAUUAGAGAGUUUCAGGUGAGGUGGAUGAGAGGAAAGAUCGGUCUCGUGAGCCAGGAGCCCGUGUUGUUCGCCUCGAGCAUCAAGGACAACAUUGCUUACGGGAAGGAGGGGGCGUCCCUCCAAGAAAUCAGAGGUGCUGCAGAGCUUGCUCAUGCUGCUAAAUUCAUCACCAACCUUCCUCAGAUUCUUCUUGUAUAUAUGUUGCAGGGGAUUGAUACGAUGGUUGGUGUGAAUGGAACUCAGCUUUCUGGAGGGCAGAAGCAGAGGAUAGCUUUAGCCAGAGCAAUUCUGAAAGAUCCGAGGAUUCUACUUCUUGACGAAGCUACAGGUGCCCUUGAUGCAAAAUCGGAGAGGAUCGUGCAGGACUCGCUCGACAAGGUCAUGAUAAACAGAACCACCAUCAUCGUUGCUCAUAGCCUAACCACGAUCAAGAAUGCAGAUUCCAUUGCUGUCAUUCACAAAGGAAAAAUUGUAGAAAAAGGUUCACAUUCCGAGCUAAUCCAAAACCCAGAAGGAGCAUACACUCGACUCAUACAACUGCAAGAACUGGAUGUACAAAACCGUAGAGCCGAGAUGAGCGCAGGAGCGGGCAACAGCGCACGCUAUUCAUUUGACGGGGCGACGGAGACGACACAAACCACCACGGCGGCCUCUUCUUCAUCAAUCAAAAACCAGAUGAUGCCUAAUGUAUCACUCUACCGCCUCGCACUCUUGAACAAACCAGAGAUCCCACAGCUAAUACUCGGCUCCUUAGCAGCAGUGAUGAACGGUGCGAUACUCCCACUCUUCGGCCUCCUAUUCGCCAGCGCGAUCAACAGCUUCUACCACCCGCCUCAUCAGCUCCGGAGGGAUUCCAAGUUUUGGGCAGGCAUGUUUGUUGUUCUUGGUGUGGCGUCUCUCCUGGUGACCCCAACGAGAACGUAUUUGUUCGCGGUGGCUGGGUGCAGGUUGAUCAAGCGGCUUCGGCUCAUGUGCUUCGAGAAGGUGGCGCAUAUGGAGAUAGGGUGGUUCGAUGUGGCUGAGAAUUCGAGCAGUUCGGUUGGCCUGCGGCUCUCCGCGGACGUCAAAUGCGUGAGGAAUCUGGUCGGGGAAUCGCUUGCUUUGGUGGUUCAGAACGUUGCGACGGCGGUUGCAGGUUUGGUCAUUGGCUUCCAAGCCAGCUGGCAGCUCUCACUCAUAGUGUUGGUUAUGUUGCCUCUCAUCGCCCUCUAUGGAUACGUUCACAUGAAGUUCAUUGGGGGUUUUAGUGGCGACUCACAGAAGUUGUACGAGGAUGCGACUCAAGUUGCGAGUGAUGGCGUCGGAAAUAUUAGAACGGUUGCUUCGUUUUGUGCGGAGGAGAAGAUGAUGGAGCUUCACCGGCAGAAAUGCCGGCUGCCGGUGAGGGUAGGGACGGAGCAUGGGUUGCUAAGCGGAGCAGGUUUUGGAAUGUCUAUCUUCUUUCUGUAUUCGGUUUACGCUGCUAGUUACUAUGCUGGGGCCAGACUUGUUCAUGCUGGAAAUAUUACAUUUGAACAAGUUUUUCGUGUAUUUAUCGGUCUGAGCAUAAGCGCGAUUGCUAUAUCCCAAUCGGGGGCCCUUGCGCCCGACACUGGAAAAGCCAAAGCUGGCGCUGCUUCUAUUUUUGAGCUUCUUGAUCGGAAAUCUGCAAUUGAUUCUUCCGACAACUCAGGAAUGGUUCUACAAAAUAUAAAAGGAGAUAUCCAAUUUCAAAAUGUUCGCUUCAGAUAUCCUAGUAGACCCGAUGUUCACAUUUUCACAGAUCUGUGCUUGACAAUUCAUUCCGGCAAGAGCAUUGCUAUUGUUGGAGAAAGUGGGAGUGGAAAGUCGACCAUCAUUUCUCUAUUGCAACGAUUUUAUGAUCCAGAUUCGGGUGUGAUCACACUAGAUAAUUUUGAAAUCAAGAAUCUGAAUUUGAAGUGGUUAAGAAAGCAAAUGGGGGUUGUGAGCCAAGAGCCUGUGUUAUUCAACGACACAAUUCGUGCGAAUAUCGCCUAUGGCUAUGGAAAGGAAGGCGAUGCCACAGAAGCAGAAAUCUUAGCUGCCGCUCAACUUGCAAAUGCACACAAAUUCAUCAGUGCUCUGCAAAAGGGGUAUGAUACAAUAGUUGGUGAAAGGGGAAUACAGUUAUCCGGUGGGCAAAAACAGCGAGUCGCAAUUGCACGGGCCAUAAUGAAGGAUCCGAAGAUUAUGCUACUUGAUGAAGCCACCAGCGCUCUUGAUGCUGAAUCUGAAAAGCUCGUUCAACGCGCCUUAGACCGAGCUAUGAUACAUCGGACCACCAUAGUGGUGGCUCAUAGGCUGUCCACUAUCAAGAAUGCAGAUUUCAUUGCAGUUAUCAGAAAUGGAGUUGUUGCAGAAAAAGGAAACCACCAGACUUUGAUUCAUAUCAAACAUGGCAUCUAUGCCUCUUUAAAGGGUGGCUUCAACACCCCCCCGCCCCCGCCCCCACCCCCGCACGUGUAAGUUGGUAUGAUUUAUCACCAACUAUAUAUAACAUGAAUAAACAAAAGUCUUCAUUAAA